AUGGUAUUGAAAGUCGGUUACGUCCCAGAACAUUUCUCUACUCCAAUUGCAUUUGCUCAAUCAAAGGGGUUCUUUCAAAAAUUAGGACUUGAAAUUGAAUUAAUUCCAUAUCCUUCAGGUUCUGGACAUUUAAUUCAAUCAUUGGAAGAUAAUUCAAUUGAUAUUGCCAUUGGAUUAACCGAGGCUUUCGUUAGAGGUAUUGCACAAGGUAAAGAAAAUUAUAAAUUGAUUGGUACUUAUGUUAAGUCUCCAUUACGUUGGUCAAUUAGUACUGGGUAUAAUAGAGAUGAUUUGACUAAUGAAGAUCAAUUACAAGAUAAAUCUAUAUCUAUUUCAAGAAUUGGUUCAGGUUCUCAUGUUAUGUCAUUUGUACUUGCUUUGCAAAAAGGUUUUACUAAACCUUUUUAUUCAAAUUUCCCAAUCUUGUCAAAUUUUAAAAAUUUAAGAGAUUCUGUUAAUUUAAACCCAAAUGUUGAACCAUCAGAUGCUUUUAUGUGGGAACAUUUUACUACAAAGAGAUAUUAUGAUAACGAAGAAGUUAAAAAAAUUGGCGAAAUUUAUACACCAUGGCCAUCAUGGGUUAUUAAUGCAAGAACUGAAUUGGUUUCAACCCAAAAGGAUAAAUUAACUAAAUUCAUCCAAGCAAUUGAACAAGGUAUUGAAUAUUUCCAAUCAAAUCAAAGAGAAUCAAUUGAAUAUAUCUUCAACAACCUAGACUAUAGUGAAGAAGAUGCAAAAGAAUGGAUCAAAACAGUUGAAUUUAACAAGGGGAAAGUUGGAUCAGUUGAUUGGACUUUAGUUGUGGAAAAUACUUCAAAAGUUCUUAUUGAAGCUGGUGUAUUGGAAGAUCCAGAGGAAACCAUUCAAACGAGAUUACAAAGUGGUAUUGAACCAAUAACAGCAACAACUAAAUAG